AUGAUUGUGGUUUCAAGCCAUGGCGAGAAGGAUGAGGAGAAGGCUAAACAGGAGUGUUCGAGCGGCUGCUGCGAGCUUAAACAUAUACAGGAACUCAUACGCCACUAUACGACGCCCGGAGUUGCCCCACCAUCCGCUCGGAUGAUUCCCGACGUCAAAGUCGACCACAAGCCAGACUUCAGGUUAUGGCAUUGGUGGAAGUACGGCUGGUUUGUAGCGUCGAAGGCGACACAAAUGACCGGAGAUGCGCUCAUGCACACCAUCUGGGGCCCCAGAAAAAAGUCAUGGGGUAUCCAAAUGACUCUCAUGUCAAGUCUCAUGCGUAACGCUGGUCAACAUACUGACCUCAUGGAUGUUCCCUCUAUUCGUUUGUUUAUGGGUAUGGGCGGUAUGGGUCCCGCCCCGCCAGACGCGCUCGUAACACCAGUCACCUUUCACGUCAAGAAGCGCCGUCUUCGUGGUAUCUUCGAAGAAUACGAUCGCCAAGAAACAGGAAAACGCGAGCUGUCUGGCGAAUGGGUCGUCGGAAAGCGCACUUGGAACCGACUCCAGACAGAGUGGAAGGCGGCUCAGAUAGGUGAGAGAGGGUCCCACACUUUCGCUAAGAAGACAGAACGUGUGAUGCUCUACAUUCACGGUGGCGCAUACUAUGUUGGUAGUGCAUCAGAAAAGCGCGUGAUUUCUGUGCCUUUGGCACAGUACACCGAUUCUCGCGUCUUCUCACUGGAUUAUCGACUUGCACCGGAGACGCAUUUCCCUGGGCCCCUCCACGAUGUUGUCAUUGGGUACUUCCGUCUUAUAGACGACUUGCACAUCCCACCGGAGAACAUUAUCAUCUGCGGAGACAGUGCCGGCGGGGGCCUAUCAUUAGCAUUGCUCAUGUACCUCAGAGAUAAUGACUAUCCGAUGCCAGCAGGGGCGAUCCUGAUGUCUCCAUGGGUUGAUCUUACCAUGAGUGGAGAGUCUUGGGAUUCAAACGCUCAAUAUGACGUUAUCCCGGUAUUCUCACCCAAGGACCACAUGAACCCGAUCGCCAAUUACUUGGGAGACAAUAUUGACCGGUACUUGAUGCAUCCUUACGCCAGCCCGCUGUUCGGCGAUUUCAAAGAUCUACCGCCGCUUCUCAUUCAGUCCGGAGACUCCGAAGUCUUGCGGGACGAGAUCGCACUGCUCGCACACAAGGCGGAACUAGCAGGCGUGAAUGUUCGCCACGAGCUCUAUCAGGACGGUGUUCACGUUUUCCAAACAUUUCCGUUCUUGGAGGUGUGGUCGCGCUCGUUCAUGGCAAUGCAUGACUUUGUGCGCAAUACGCUCCAUCAUCUCCAGCGCGAAUGUCCCCGGGUUCUUGCUGACAAGGCUGAGAGAUCUAUGGAAAAGGAGAUCGACACCCACGCGGCGCUCGUUAUCAGCGCAGAUGGGACCGAGACUUCGGUGGGAGUCGAGGGUGCCAAGGCGUCUUUACUAGACGAGGAUGGUCAUGAAAUGGCAGAUAGUCAUUGUCUCAAUUGCGGGCGUCGCCAAGAUUCUACUUGGUCGUCGUCUUCGGAGACCGACGUGGAGUCUGAGGAGGAGGCUGAUAUCAAGAUAUCCGUUGUCCCACCAUCUGCCGACCCUUCGCCUCCAAUUACCCGGUCAAAUACCGAAGAUGACUCGGAAGUUAUUCCUCUAUCCAAGGGACUGAAGCGUGUUUCGUCUGCAACCUCUAUUUCGUCCAUCCUCACUGAUUCCCCACCAACGUUGUCGAAAUCUUUGCGGGAGCGGAGCAGGACCUUGCAUCUCGCCAGUCCUAUAGCCGAUCGUCGGCGCCAAUCGAGAAGCCGGAGCCGGAGCCCUUUCAGGAGACCUCUGACUCCGGAGGUGGCUCGACAGGUUGAGAGCUGGUCCUGGCACUUCUGGUCCGGUUAG